AUGUCUGGUGAGGAGGAAAUAACCAAUGGUGAAGCUACCUCUGUUAUCCCCAAACCUCGGGGGAAUUGGGCUCAGUACAUGAACUAUGUCUGCAUUGUCGUGUGGGCUCUAAUCCUGUACCUAACUGAACAGUCUCCCUACCAUAUUGCCCGCUGCCUUAUCAUCCAUUUCACAGCCCUGGAGGUUGGAGCACUUCUUAAGGGGAUCUGCACCUUCACAGAAGAAAUGCGCCAUGUGACAUCCAGGUAUCAUGGGAACUACUUAAAGGCCCUAAAUGCCUGCCUGGAUUUGCACCGGCAUGGUCUACUUCUGCUACUGUGUGCGGUUUCCUACUUGUUACUCCUCAGAAACACUGAGCUUUCCAAAGAAAUUGACCUGUGUUUGAACCUCAGUCUUGUGUCUCUCUGCGAGCUUCUGAGCAUCACUUUUGGCCUUAAGCAUCCCUCAGCUGCAGAGAUUUCUGAAAUAUGUGAAAAGAACAACCUCAAUGUAGCACAUGGACUUGCCUGGUCUUAUUAUGUCGGGUAUUUAAAAGUCAUUUUGCCUGGCCUCAAAGACUCAAUUCAGAAUUUCAACAGAAGCAACAACAUUUUGCUCAAAUGUGAAAAAACUUGGAAACUGCACAUACUGAUUCCCCUGAGCUGUGAGGUGUAUGAUGAUCUACAGAAGGUUGACAGUCGUAUUAAGUUCAUAAACAAUCUCCCAGAAUUGAAUGUGGAUCAAGCUGGCAUUAAGAGACGGAGCUACAAAAACAGUGUCUAUGGGAUAUUGGAUGAAAAUCGAAUGAUAAAUUAUUGUAUUGUGGAGUAUGCUACUCCUUUGCGGUCCCUCUAUGCCAUGUCCCAAGAUGAAAGUGCUGCCUUCAGCCGUCAAGACCGUCUGGAACAAGCCAAGCUUUUCUGCAGGACACUGGAUGAAAUCUUACAGGCAUCCAAAGACUGUUCUGGUUGCUAUCGGCUCAUCGUGUAUGAGGGUUCAGAAGAAAGUGACAAGCACUUUCUGUCCAAGACAAUCCUGCAACACAUAAGACAGCAGCAUCAGGAGGAGUACACCAUGUGUGAAAGGGAAGAAGACUUCAUGCAUUCACAGGACCCUACAUCUAGUGAGCUCUUGAUAAGUGGCUCAGACCAGCCCCUGCCUUUAAAGAGUGGUGUCUACUGAAACAGGUGGGGCCUUUUGCCCUCACCUCAUCUCCCCAUGUCUCUCCUUCUGGAAAUCACCAGGAUUACCAUCAGCAUAAUUAAAGGAGGAAGUCUA